GCUCUCUUUGCAGAUGCAGCGAAGUGAGUCGCAUUUUUUAAUAAUUUCUUCUGCAUCUGUGUGCCAAGUUGUUCCUUUCUUUCUCCCCAAUCAAUCCUAUUCUCUUCCCCCUUUUUCCUCGUCUCUUUCUUUUGAACGCCCAGAAUCAAUCAUCCUACCUUAUCAAGAGCAGAGAAAAGAAGCACAAGGAGUUAUCUUCGUCUUCUUAUUUUUACUUGUUAUUCUUUUUUUGGUUUUUCCUCCUUACCUUUCAAUCUGGGGAAGCAAAUGCCGUCAUUAGAGGAUGAUCUGUUUCCUUCUACGCCGGGCAAGUUCAAGAUCGAGAGAGCUCACACCAUGAAUCGUCAGAUGUAUCGAUGUUUUGCCUCCACCAGCACCAUGUUCUUGUGGGCCCUCUUCCUCAUUGCCUUGACGGCUUCCUAUUUGAGCUUCCAGGGUUUCGUCGAUUCCGGCAGCCGGUACUUGUCGGCGUCUUGGGGAGGCAUCCAGUGGGAGAAGCAGGUCCGCAACUCAGCUCAGAUCCACCGCAGCGGAGGCAUGUCAGUGCUCGUCACCGGAGCCGCCGGUUUCGUUGGCACCCACGUUUCCCUUGCCCUGAAGCGACGAGGAGACGGUCUAGUAGGCAUCGACAACUUCAAUAACUACUACGAUCCAUCGUUGAAGAAAGCUCGCAAAUCGCUUCUAAAUAGCCAUGGCGUCUUCAUCGUCGAAGGGGACAUUAAUGACGCCAAGCUUCUGGCUAAGCUUUUCGACACCGUCGCCUUCACGCACGUAAUGCACUUGGCGGCUCAAGCCGGUGUUAGGUACGCCAUGGAGAAUCCACACUCCUAUGUUCACAGCAACAUCGCUGGCCUCGUCACGCUCCUUGAGGCUUGCAAAUCGGCGAAUCCUCAGCCGGCGGUUGUCUGGGCCUCCUCGAGCUCCGUUUAUGGCCUAAACGAGAAGGUGCCAUUCUCGGAAUCAGAUCGGACUGACCAACCGGCGAGCCUCUACGCUGCCACCAAGAAAGCCGGUGAAGAAAUCACUCACACCUACAACCACAUCUACGGUUUAUCCAUCACCGGGUUGAGAUUCUUCACUGUUUACGGACCCUGGGGUAGACCCGAUAUGGCUUACUUCUCGUUCACCAGGAACAUCCUCCAAGGCAAACCAAUCACGAUAUAUCGCGGAAAAAAUCGGGUCGACCUGGCCCGAGAUUUUACUUACAUCGACGAUAUAGUGAAAGGUUGCGUCGGAUCGCUGGACACUGCAGGGAAGAGCACUGGAUCGGGCGGCAAGAAGCGUGGACCCGCACCGUACCGAAUCUUCAACCUUGGGAACACAUCGCCGGUGACUGUACCAACAUUGGUGAGUAUCCUUGAGAGUCACUUGAAGGUGAAGGCGAAGAGGAAGAUCGUGGACAUGCCGGGAAACGGCGACGUUCCGUUCACACACGCCAACAUCAGUUCGGCCCGACGAGAACUCGGGUACAAGCCCACAACCGAUUUGCAAACCGGGUUGAAAAAGUUCGUGAAGUGGUAUCUUUCCUAUUAUGGUUACCACCACGGCAAACAUGUAAAUUAAUUAUUAUAAAUUUUUUCCGUAGUCUUCUAGAGAUUUCUGCCAUUCAAAAAGAUAAGAAGGAAGGAAGAAACACUAUUUGAAAAGCAAAAAAAAAAAAAAAAAGGAAGGAAAGAAAGAAAGAAAGAGAAGGAAUACAUUCUUUACUCAAUUAACGGAGCAGCAAAAAGGAGCUGGGGCCUGCCAUUAAAAAAAACAAAGAAGAAGAAGAAGCUGGUGCUCUCUCAGUUGUGAGUUCUGGUUUUUGUAUUAUUACAUGUGAGUUUUUAAGUUUUUAUUUAAGGUAAUGAAAAAGCUCAAGCAUGAUUAUUUCUCC